AUGCGUGUCAAAGGAGGAGAUGUUAGCUCAUGCUGGGGGGGGGGGGGGGGGGGGGGGGGGGGGGGGGGGGGGGGGGGGGGGGGGGGGGGGGGGGGGGGGGGGGGGGGGGGGGGGGGGGGGGGGGGGGGGGGGGGGGGGGGGGGGGGGGGGGGGGGGGUGGGGGGGGGGGGGGGGGGGGGGGGGGGGGGGGGGGGGGGGGGGGGGGGGGGGGGGGGGGGGGGGGGAGGGGGGGGGGGGGGGGGGGGGGGGGGGGGGGGGGGGGGGGGGGGGGGGGGGGGGGGGGGGGGGGGGGGGGGGGGGGGGUGGGGGGGGGGGGGGGGGGGGGGGGGGGGGGGGGGGGGGGGGGGGGGGGGUGGGGGGGGGGGGGGGGGGGGGGGGGGGGGGGGGGGGGGGGGGGGGGGGGGGGGGGGGGGGGGGGGGGGGGGGGGGGGGGGGGGGGGGGGGGGGGGGGGGGGGGGGGGGGGGGGGGGGGGGGGGGGGGGGGGGGGGGGGGGGGGGGGGGGGGGGGGGGGGGGGGGGGGGGGGGGGGGGGGGGGGGGGGGGGGGGGGGGGGGGGGGGGGGGGGGGGGGGGGGGGGGGGGGGGGGGGGGGGGGGGGGGGGGGGGGGGGGGGGGGGGGGGGGGGGGGGGGGGGGGGGGGGGGGGGGGGGGGGGGGGGGGGGGGGGGGGGGAAGGGGGGGGGGGGGGGGGGGGGGGGGGGGGGGGGGGGGGGGGGGGGGGGGGGGGGGGGGGGGGGGGGGGGAGGGGGGGGGGGGGGGGGGGGGGGGGGGGGGGGGGGGGGGGGGGGGGGGGGGGGGGGGGGGGGGGGGGGGGGGGGGGGGGGGGGGGGGGGGGGGGGGGGGGGGGGGGGGGGGGGGGGGGGGGGGGGGGGGGGGGGGGGGGGGGGGGGGGGGGGGGGGGGGGGGGGGGGGGGGGGGGGGGGGGGGGGGGGGGGGGGGGGGGGGGGGGGGGGGGGGGGGGGGGGGGGGGGGGGGGGGGGUGGGGGGGGGGGGGGGGGGGGGGGGGGGGGGGGGGGGGGGGGGGGGGGGGGGGGGGGGGGGGGGGGGGGGGGGGGGGGGGGGGGGGGGGGGGGGAGGGGGGGGGGGGGGGGGGGGGGGGGGGGGGGGGGGGGGGGGGGGGGGGGGGGGGGGGGGGGGGGGGGGGGGGGGGGGGGGGUGGGGGGGGGGGGGGGGGGGGGGGGGGGGGGGGGGGGGGGGGGGGGGCGGGGGGGGGGGGGGGGGGGGGGGGGGGGGGGGGGGGGGGGGGGGGGGGGGGGGGGGGGGGGGGGGGGGGGGGGGGGGGGGGGGGGGGGGGGGGGGGGGGGGGGGGGGGGGGGGGGGGGGGGGGGGGGGGGGGGGGGGGGGGGGGGGUGGGGGGGGGGGGGGGGGGGGGGGGGGGGGGGGGGGGGGGGGGGGGGGGGGGGGGGGGGGGGGGGGGGGGGGGGGGGGGGGGGGGGGGGGGGGGGGGGGGGGGGGGGGGGGGGGGGGGGGGGGGGGGGGGGGGGGGGAGGGGGGGGGGGGGGGGGGGGGGGGGGGGGGGGGGGGGGGGGGGGGGGGGGGGGGGGGGGGGGGGGGGGGGGGGGGGGGGGGGGGGGGGGGGGGGGGUGGGGGGGGGGGGGGGGGGGGGGGGGGGGGGGGGGGGGGGGGGGGGGGGGGGGGGGGGGGGGGGGGGGGGGAGGGGGGGGGGGGGGGGGGGGGGGGGGGGGGGGGGGGGGGGGGGGGGGGGGGGGGGGGGGGGGGGGGGGGGGGGGGGGGGGGGGGGGGGGGGGGGGGGGGGGGGGGGGGGGGGGGGGGGGGGGGGGGGGGGGGGGGGGGGGGGGGGGGGGGGGGGGGGGGGGGGGGGGGGGGGGGGGGGGGGGGGGGGGGGGGGGGGGGGGGGGGGGGGGGGGGGGGGGGGGGGGGGGGGGGGGGGGGGGGGGGGGGGGGGGGGGGGGGGGGGGGGGGGGGGGGGUGGGGGGGGGGGGGGGGGGGGGGGGGGGGGGGGGGGGGGGGGGGGGGGGGGGGGGGGGGGGGGGGGGGGGGGGGGGGGGGGGGGGGGGGGGGGGGGGGGGGGGGGGGGGGGGGGGGGGGGGGGGGGGGGGGGGGGGGGGGGGGGGGGGGGGGGGAGGGGGGGGGGGGGGGGGGGGGGGGGGGGGGGGGGGGGGGGGGGGGGGGGGGGGGGGGGGGGGGGGGGGGGGGGGGGGGGGGGGGGGGGGGGGGGGGGGGGGGGGGGGGGGGGGGGGUGGGGGGGGGGGGGGGGGGGGGGGGGGGGGGGGGGGGGGGGGGGGGGGGGGGGGGGGGGGGGGGGGGGGGGGGGGGGGGGGGGUGGGGGGGGGGGGGGGGGGGGGGGGGGGGGGGGGGGGGGGGGGGGGGGGGGGGGGGGGGGGGGGGGGGGGGGGGGGGGGGGGGGGGGGGGGGGGGGGGGGGGGGGGGGGGGGGGGGGGGGGGGGGGGGGGGGGGGGGGGGGGGGGGGGGGGGGGGGGGGGGGGGGGGGGGGGGGGGGGGGGUGGGGGGGGGGGGGGGGGGGGGGGGGGGGGGGGGGGG